UUUUCAACGUCUUACGCACAAAAUGAGUGCCAGCCCGAACUCAAAAGUACGCUUAUCGUUAUCUUGCUUUCUGUUUCUUUGUGUCUCUGUUAGGAGGUUGUUUAAUUCUAGCAUUUCAAUUUCUUUUUUCGGCUAAGAGCGUGUAACUAGUUCCGCGUCACUUACCUCUCGCGAGAGAUAUCUAAUAAAUCAAUGAAUUUCAAUUAAAAAUAACCAAUGCAUCGUUGAAAAAUCGAAAUCCGCAUGUCUUUGGCCUCUUCCUCGUCCGCGCCCGUCCUGGGUGCGGAAAAGGCGGCGUUGCCGCAGACUCCUUCAUGCAGGCGCUUCGACGCCGCGGCCGCACCAGGUUUUCCGAAAACCUUCUCCACGGCUUGCACCAAUGGCAGAACCCCUGUGCUGAGGCCGGGCAGCGCGCCUACGGCAUCGACGUCUCGCGCAAGAAUAGAAUCGAUAUCGUCGACGUCUCGCGAGGACUUACUACGCGAUCGGCGCACGAUCAGUGGAGGCAAGACGAAUUUCAAAAACUACAACUUCGACUUACAGCGGCCUUUGCUGUCCUCUCUGCCGGAUGAUGCAACUGCAGGUGCCAACGCAGGACGAAGAGGUAUCAACGACCAUGGCGGUACGGCUGAUAGCAGCUGUUCUAGCUCGUCCGGUGCAGUGGGAAGGGCUGCUGCAGUACGUCGCUUGCCAAUCAUUAUGGUUUCUGCUUCUACUACUUGAUGGCGUCGGUCCUGGCGAAGACUUUUUCAAGAAUCUGCACACUGCUGUUGUCAGGUAGGUAGAGGUACUUAGGUACUUACAUGGAUUCUUUUGAAACCUACAUGGAUUUUUUGGAUACUUACAUGGUUUUUUUGGAUACUUACAUGGUUUUUUUGGAUACUUACAUGGAUUUUUUGGCACUUUCUUACAUGGUAUCCAGGUAAGCACUUACAAGCUUGAAUGGAUUUUUUGGAUAUCAGGAGGCACGUCGAGAGGAUGUUGACCAAUAUUAAUAGAGGUUUGAAACUUAUGGUCCAUAUUAUGAAAUCUCGAACAUUUUUUCGUGCGAACACUACGUCGCUAGAAUCGGAGAACUUGCGUCCUUGGGGGACGGUGCCAGCUCGAGCGGACGAUACGCACAUCGGAGGAGUGAUUCGAGUAGCAGUGAGGGAAGUAAUAUUGCGAAAGACGGCGAUAGGAGCAGAAGAAGGAAGAGUGUUGCUGACGAAGAAGAUCGAGGCAAUGCAGACCAGAAGAAUGGCAGACCUCGUGCCGAUGACGAUGAAAUGCUGGAUACUGAGCAGUCCUCGCGUCCAGGUUUAGAAGGAGAAGGGGUUGUAGACGAGGAACAGCAAGGGACUGCGACUGCCACAAGACUGCGAGACGAGAACGGCCAGGAGCACCACGGCUGGCUGGGUGCUUCACGGCAGCACGGGAGAAGUGAGGAUGAGGAUGGUCGCGCACCCGAGGCUCCAGAAGGAGCAUCGCGAUCUCGUCAUCGAACUAAAGAAAGGGUUGUAAAGGUAAACACUUUUUCACCCUCUCGACCGUCUAAAUGGGUCGAUGAGCACGCGCGUGAAGGGAUUCUCACCUUACUAAAAAUGGAGAUGCGAAAUGUAGCCAGGAGCAGAAGCAACCCGUCUUCCCCUGCAUUAUCCAUGGAGUCUCCUAGUAGUCACUUCCGCGAGACCCCAGCAUUGCCGCCGGCCGAGCUAUGCCGGACUCUAGCUUUGGACAAACGACUUUUAAUGCCGUCCGUUGAGCAAGUGACGUCGUCAUCCUCAAGUAGUUGCAGAUCGACCGGUAGGCCAUCGCCAUGUCACCAGGAGGAUGCUUCGUCAUCCAGCGCAGCAGCUUUACAAAACGCGACCGCUUCAGAUGCCGAAAGAGGAGCGGGAAACGUGCGAGAGGAGCAGGUCCGAUGCAAAGAUUCCAACUCGUUGUUCUAUAACGAUGGCGCUUGUGCUAGUAGUAGUUCUAUUCAGCCAGCCAGAAAUUCUUUGAAGCGGGACCGUUCGAGAUUGGAUUCUGCUGAUAGGGCAGAGCCUGGUGGCGGAGCCGCAGCAGGUCCCCGGGAGCGCGAUGCUCCUACAACGACUUUGCGCGAGUUCUUUCGGGAUACGCAUAAUGCUACAUCAGCAGAAAAAAAUCAACUAGGCGAUAGAAUCAGAAGUGCAAGUAGCGGUCGUCCACACAGUACUGCGGCCCUAAACCGCCACAUUGAUGUUGAAAAUCGGAAUAUGAAGCUCUCUACCUCAGACGUGUUUGCGUCGCAGAGACGACACUUCAAGCCGCCAUCGAGGCUUCUUGAUGAAAGCGCGCGUGGAGGCAGUACUAGUACUGAAACUAGUGCCAGUGGCCCUACCUGUCCAUCUUCGGAUUCGGAAUGCCCAAAGAAAACAAUACCCUUUCCCGACAUAGCCCACGAAGAUGAAGAUCCCAUGACCCGCCGAGAACAUCCACCCCUUACCAGUGAGCACGAAAUGAAGAUCACACGAGAAGACCACGAUCUUCAUGUUAGAAGUACAACAACUGAAGCAUCUUCUUCAUCAAGUACAACGACCUCUCCGCGGACAAUUUCACUGUCCAGCAAGCUAUAUUUUGAAAGUAAAGGAGUGCUACUAGUUGAAGAGGCGUCUCAGGAUCAAGGCUCUGGCGGCGGCGCCUCUCAUUCUGGUCGUCGGAAAAGGUUGCGAUCCUUAUUGCAAGAAGGCGGCUCGUCUGGGAGUCGGUCCAUCACGAAGACCGUGAAGAAUGGACAGCUCCAACAGCAUGAAGAUGCUGAGAAGAACGCGCUCAUGAAGCAUGUAGAACAACAUCGACCUCAGGUGGGUCUGGCCGAGAAUAGUAUGAAACGACCGCCAUCCUCACAGGUCAGAUUGGGUUCUAUAACUGGCGGAGAUGCACCCUGGUCGUGCAGUCACGAGACCCGUCACGAGAGCCUCAUUUCGCCAUCACGGAGUGUGCUCUCGCGGGAACGCAGCAAUACUAGUUCUUUAAAGCGCACGGCCACGACACACCAGACAACUCUUCUACCGCCUCUACCGACACCACUGUGGAUGCACAUCGCAUCUUUUUUACAAUUCGAAGGUCCGAUUGAGGGCAUGGUCUACGUUUGUGGUGGACGAAAUCACGAUGAGGGGCCACUCGCUACUUGCGAGAUGUUCGACUCGUGGCACGGAAACUGGGUAUAUCCCCCUCCGGAGGAACUAGUGGAAGAUAGUAGAUGUGCUAUGAUUUUUCUGUGAUUAGUAUAACGCAGGUUCCAUUCACAUCUAGAAUCCUGGUAACUGUAAUGGUCUAGAUAUAAAACCACCUCAACCUCUUUUUAUCCACACACGACCUCACAGGUAGAGCUUCCGCGAAUGCGCAAAGCGCGUGCCGGUUGCGCGGCGUGCAGUAUCAAGGAUGUUGAUGGGAAAGAGCGUAUUCUUGUAACUGGGGGAUAUGACGAGCUGGGGAUCGUAGAAGGCCUCCUGAGCUGCGUCGAGGCGUUCACGCCACACAUCGGGACAUGGAUGUCACGGACUCCGAUGCUUCGCUUAUGAUGGAUCAUAAGUUGAUUGUUGUUCUUUGUACUGAGGAGAUGGGGAUGAACGACGUCUAGAUUUUUGGAGGGUCGAGUAUUCCCACUGAGCUGUUCCGUUGAUCUACUACUAAUAUUUGGGGAAUAAUGUUGAAUGUCUAUAAGGGGAAGGGGCCGAUAUUCAUUUCUUCUUCUGGAGUCUCAACUUCAUACUAGCCUCGCUGGGGCCAUGGUGCGGCGUGCAUCCGAAAUCGCGUAUACGUUGUAGGCGGCUGUAGUCUUCAUCCGCGGGCCCCUGCGUUAGAAACGUUCAUGGAGACGUUGAGGGCGUGCGAGCUGUACGACCCCGAAACGGAAGAGUGGACUGAGCUCGCCGCUCUUAGUGUCGGGCGGGCCGGCGGCCGAGUCACGUCCGUGGCAGAUCGCUAUGUUCUUAUUGUGGGCGGAUGCGAUGACGUUUUCGGUCGUGCAGAAAUGCUCGCGUCCAUCGAGAUACUCGACACGUGGGGUAUUCAUUUUUCGUGAGACUGCCUUUUGUAUUUUUUCCGAAGAGGUCACAGGAGGACAAGAUGGAUUUAGUGUUGUAGUAACGGCAUGAAUUAUUCCAACAAGAGGGACGAGCAUUGAAGAAGUUACACUUAAGUACAUUUAGAAGUAUCUUCUAUCAUGAUCCUUUAUUUCACAGUCCAUUUGCCUCACUCCAACCUACAUGAUGCCAGAUCCGUCUGCCUGGUUCACUCUAGAUGUCGCGCUGAGCGAACCGCGGACGACCGCUGCUGUCGUUUCAAUCGACGAUCGGAUCAUAGUUUUAGGUGGUGCGCCCAAUCUCUCUAGUGUCGAGAUCGUUUCCGACGUGUCACAGCGGAUCCAGGCCUGUCUCUUUGAGUGUCGAAGCGAGGAUGACAGUGCUAGACUAGAGAGUCAGAACGAAUUUUUGUUCUUUUCCACUCAGGAGGAAGAUGGGGGGUCGACUUUUGCGCCGCCGAUUAUGGACGAUUCAACUACGGAACGAAGACGAAAUUAUGGCGGGACAACGCUACGACGUGGCGGAGAACAACAUAUUGACGCGGCGCAGGAGUACAGCGGUGCUCAUCCUCAUGCAGCAAGUGGAGCUAACUCGGCGUCUCGAGAAUCACGUGUCUUGAUUCACCCCCGUCAUUGUUCUGUAGGUGACGACAUUAGCUCCAGCCCGCAGAGCUUUGGGACGGUGUCUUCUUUGAUGUCUUCGCUUGAUCAGAGUCCAGAGUGUGUUUCGUCGCGACCCGACGAGGCGACAUCGCCACCCCAUGAGGAGGUAUCACGGCCGAAGGAAUCAUCGCACAGCAAGAGCCACGGUGAUGAACAACAAAAAACGUGCGCUUCACGUGUCGAAGAUGAAGCGUCGGACGUAGCUAGAAUUACCAAGAAGAUGAGUUUGGAUCCUAUGGUCGGGGUAGGCCUACGCGAUGGCCGCACACCCCGUUCGAUAUCGGAAGAGACCGUGGCGCCACAGGCAUACUCAGCUAGCAGUUCGUCUUCGACUUGCUCCGGAAUAGAUUUGCUUGUGGUUCCACCUGACUUGCUAGUCGCGGAAGACCCUUCUGACAAGGCAGAUCAGGAAGACAUAACCUUCUUUUCCUCUACGUCCACGCCUACCACAUUCCAUGAUGUGCUUGACAAUUUUGGCCGUAGUGACGGAGCAACAGGCACUGAUCAUGAUGCCACCGGUGUACCCGAAGUAGGCUAUGGUGAUGCACAAGAUGCACAAGAGCAGUCUGAAGCGUUUUUGUUUCCGUUGGACCCGCUAUCAGAUAGGUCUUCCUCUAAUGCAGGAGUGGAAGAAACUACAGUGCUGAGGUCCGGGAACAUCGCAACUUCCGUUGCCUUCGAAAACCAAAGCGACAAUGACCAGCCCGACGUUGAGAAUCACUUUGAUGUUAAUAUGGCAACAUUUUACUGCUCGUGAAAGCAUCUCUUAAACCUCAAGUUGUGGUCCACCAUGUAUUGCCCUCCUUGGCUCUGUCUCUAAGUUCCAUGUCGCAGCUCACGAGGCGGAAGCGGGGCAUCACGAAGCGUCUCCUUCAUCCGGCGCCGACAAGGGACCCAGUCUUUCGCAGGGGCGAAUGGGUUCCCAGGCUGUUGCGCUGGACAUACCAGUGAAGGGAUCGCAGUUUCCCGCCAGAAAAGGCCAUUCGAGGCGCACUGUUCUCAUCCUUGGAGGCGAAGAUGGUGGUAUUAAGAAUACAUAGCAAAUUUAAGUAUCUAUUUCUUUCUGGUGAUGCAGAUGCUUCUGUGAAACAACCGAGGUUUGAAAUAGUUAUCACAGCCUGAAGACGAGCCUGAUUUGAAUCCUCGAUAAGAACAUUUAUAACAUUUGAAUUUUAACUUCUUAUUUUUCAUCAGAUUCAGACUUUUCAUUACCACUACGACUAGGCGAUUACGAGACGGAAGAGAACAAGCAGUUCCGCUCGAUUGAGUUGUUGGAUGCCGAGAGGCUCGAGUACACCCUUGCUCACCCGCUUCCGCCUAUGUUGCAGGCGCGAACAGCUAUGAGCUGUUGCAUAGGCAAAGGCCUUGCUGGCCUGCCUUCGAAGUGGAGCUGGAGCUCGCUUAAUAUCGUGUCAAACGACGCUAGUCCUGGAGGUCGUCGAGACCCUCGCCAACGGGGUUCUCCAAGUGAUGAAAGCGAUGCUGACGAACACGGUGAUCAUGAUCAAGAUGAAGAUUACUAUGAUGAAGAAGAGGAGCGCGACGAUCACUUUGACUACAGGGGGCAAGCACAACAUAACAACAACAUGCUUGACAAUUAUCGUGACUCCUAUACUUGGGAGGAGAUACAGGAGAUAUCUAGACGGAAUCGCUGGCCUGCACCUCGACGUAGUAGGACAGAUACAACUGACACGACGAAUUCGAGUAACGGGGGUGCUUCUGCUUCCGAACAAGCAACGGAUACUUAUGGCUAGUAUCAACGUCAAGCAAUGUGAACCUUUUGCACGACUUUUUGGCUAGUUUCGUGUCCUAAAACAUGGUGAUGGCGAUUUGUUCUCCUAGCUACGUAAGUACUUUCUUUUCCUUCUAAGACGACGCCGCAGGAUUGAAUGGGCACGCGGCAAUGAACGAGGAUCGCAUCCCUGCCUUUGUCAUUGAAGCUGCGCUAUUGGGUAACUUUCCCCCAGCCCCUGCAGAGGACGUGAAUUCGCACCGUCCCCAUUAAGAAGUCGAGGAUGACAACAGUUAUUAGAUUUUUUUUUGGCUAACUUCUCCUAUCAUCAUGUAUGAGUGUAUUCAAAACGGUGUUUUACAAGUUUUGCAAUUUUGUAUCUGCUUACGGUGAAUUGGAGCUUUUUCCAUGGAGUCUGGAUCGUUUUGUUCGUCGGAAAGACGACUAGAUUAGCUUAUGUGUUGUCUUUCUGGUAACGUUGCCUCUUGUAUGAUUAUGCUCAUAUCUUCUUCAUAGUUGUUCUGCUCUUAUCCUGCUAUCCUCAUCCUGUUUGUUUACUUUCUAGAUGGUUGGAAGCAAAAAAUUCUUUAAAUCUAUCAAUUUGAAGGAUCUAUCAAUUCGAAGGUACGUAUAAAUAUAUGAAUAUGGGAGAUGGAGCAUCGGCUUGCUGCGCUUGGAAUCAACUCAUUUUCGCAUUUUAAUGAACCUCUACCAACCUCAGGCAGACUACGUACUACAACCUCUAGACUAUCCAAUUAUAAAUCAUCCACCAUUCAAUAAGUACUUUGACUUUCAAGCAGGUAGAAAUAUUUUUUCCUACUCCUCAAGAAGGGUUCGGAUUGGUUACGCUUCACUCUAUGUCCGAGUGCAACGUCGGUG